ACCAGCUGAGCUGGUUAAUGUGUCACCAUUAACUUAGCUUUAAAUAUCACGAUUAACUUCUGGGUGUUGCUCAGCUCCCUUCGUGUGUAUAAAACUUGUACAAUGUUGGUGAUAGUAAGGUGCUAAUAAAUAGUUCCUGUCUGUUUAGGAAUGUGACUUGAUCACAUGAUUAGCGUCAUAUGACAUUGAUGAGCCUUCGGAAAAAGGGAAUGAGAAAAGAAAUCUUCAACAGUUGCUACUAAACACACGGUUUUACUAAACACUGUCGUCUAGCGGGAUGAAUUCAGACGGAUAAACAGAUGUGGGACGCUUGAAGUAAAUCUGGAUCAUGGACCGUUUGGGAAUUGUGUCUGUUCUCGCCACCGCUUGCAUUUUAGGAGUGGUGAAGAGUCAGACAACCCUCAGUCCUGCAGUGACCAUUUCCACAGUCAGUGCAGACGUGAGCACUGCGGCUCCCAGCACAACAGGACCCAGCUGCUCCAUCCUCAACACCUCCACCUGCGCUGCCUGCGCUCCAGGCUCUUACUAUAAUAAUGAGACUCUGCUGUGUUCUUGCUGUCCUGACGUGGGCCUGUGUGUGUCUCCCGAAGCCUGUCUUCUCUGUCUUCCGGGUUUCUAUCAGCCUCUAGCAGGACGGCAGGGAUGUCUGCCCUGUUCAUCUGGCUUUUACAGCAAUUCCACUGGAAGCCCUGUCUGCCAGGCUUGUCCUACUGGUUCCUACAGCAAUAACACAGGAUCUGUGUCCUGCAGACCCUGCACACCAGGUUUCUACUCCUCUUCACGAAAUUCAACAUUAUGUAGCCCAUGUCCACAAGGCACAUACUGCAAUUCCUCCAGUUGUACCAAGUGCCCGAUCUGUCCUGCCGGGUCAGAGGCUUUACAAACCGCUUCCAAAGAAUGUACACUCUGCCGCCCAGGAAUGCACAAGCCUUCCUAUCAGAGCAUGUGCCAGAUUUGCAGCAGCGGUUUCUAUCAGAUCCGCUGGGGUCAGGAGAACUGUGACCUGUGUCCUGAAAACCACUACUGCCCCAGCCCUGAUGUAAAUCCGAUCCAGUGUCCCGCUGAUGCGUUCUGUCCUGAGGGCAGCUCUGCUCCUGGUUACUGCAUGGAGACCUUCUUCAGGAAGGCAGGCGAGACGUGUGAACUCGCUCCAGUCACCAUUGCACUGCUUGUUAUUGGAGGAGGAGUGGGUCUUCUCUUCAUCAUUGUUUUGGUUCUGCGGAGAAGAAGAGAUAAUGACAGUGAACUGUCCCUGGCCCGGACGCCCCUCCUGCGCAAAGAUCGGCCUCCGGGACGCUUCUAUGGGAUCCCCUGUGACGCGGAGCCAGUUUAUGCCGGGUGGUGACAUUACUGUGUACAAUGAACCAAUUCCAGCUGCACAUAUUUGGUCCGAACGUUUGAUCUUUUACUGAACCGUCCUAAGCUUUAUGUUGGUACGAUGCUAUUAAAUAUUUAAUGAAUGAAGACGCACUUUUCUGCAUCCCAGUUUUAAAAGCAUUUACUACUGGCCAUAUUGUGGAGCUAUAGAUCCUGAUGGCGAUACGUCUGACUGCUUUUUGAGUUUGGAAAGUAUGAGAAACCACUCAGUAUUUUGUUUUGGGGGGGGGGGGGGGUGUUUUUCUUUUCUGUUUGCAUGGGAUAUUAGGUUAAGCACUGAAAUUUUUUGGCACAUUAUGCUAUUUUUGUGCACUUGUGGUACCACUACAUUUGACUACCUGGGCUCCUCGAGGUGCAUUGUAUUAUAUCUGCAGUUUUUGUAUUUGAUGUGACGUCACACAUGACUUUUAAAAAAUUUUUGAACCAGUUCCAGGGUCGAAUACUGGAAUAAACGGCUUUGCACAACUUUGAAAUAAAAGUGUAGUGUCUCUGUGA